UGAAAAUCAGUCACGUGACACGAGUUAUCGGCCAUUUUGGCAGCGGUUGGCUGCAAUUUUCACCUUCAACUAAUAACUACUAUCUUUAAUCAGUCAUGUCGUCUCCGAUGUCCAGAGCAUUAUGCAGGUCAUUGAAGGGGCGGUUUUACAGUGCUCAGGCCAUGAGGAAACCUGAUGCUUCGUCCUCAGAAAUAACGUCUGCUAGAGUAAAUGGUGUGAAUGUAGCAACUGCCGACAGUCUGAAUCCACUGAGCCGGGUGACAUUUGUGGUAAAAGGUGGCUCAAGAUACGAAGACCCAAGCAACUUCGGUGUAUCGCAUGUGAUACGACAUAUAGCAUACUUGACCAAUGACAAGAAUUCUUCAUUCAAAACAUUUAAAAAUUUGGAAGCACUUGGUGCAAACUUAAAUUCCAUAACAACUAGAGAUUAUGCCAUGGUUUCUGUGAGCUGCACAAGAAACUUUAUGCCAGAGGCUUUUGAGUUAAUUGCACCAGCAAUGCUGCGAAGUAGUUUUAGUCCUUGGGACUGGAAAGACCACCAAGGCUGUACUCCUAAAGUUGAGUUUGAUGUGGCAGCACUUCAACAGCUACCGAAUGUUGUUUUAAUGGAGGAACUUCACGCUGCAGCAUAUAGACAGACCCUUGGUAAUUCAUUGUACUGUCCUCCAGAAUUUGUUGGUUCACAUUCACCAGAUCAGAUACUGGCAUUUAUGGGUGCCCACUACAGGCCGAACAGAAUGGCAGUUGUAGGUACUGGUGUAGACAAUGACGAACUAACACAGCUAGUGAAGGGUAUGAAAUUCCAGGAAUCUAGCAGUCAACCAAAUGACAAAAAAGCUGAAUAUGUAGGAGGUGAAAGACGUGUACCUCGGCCAGACUUGGAUGUAACUUAUGCCGCUGUAGCUACAGAAGGACCAAGCUUGGCAAGUAAAGAUUUGUUGAGUGCAGCAGUAUUACAACAGAUUAUGGGGCUUGGCCCACACAUCAAAUAUAGCGACAGUGUGUCUGGUUCUAGACUCGCCACAGCCUUGAAGAAAGCUACAAACUCCCCAUUCAUGGUUAAUGGUCUUAAUGUAAACUACACAGAUUCUGGAUUGUUUGGAUUUACAGUGGCAGCUGAUCCAGCAGAUAUGGAAAAAGUAUUAAGAACUGCCUUCGGUGAAUUUGCUUCAUUAACCAAAACAGGAGUUACAGAUGCUGAAGUUACAAGAGGAAAGUAUCAGCUGAAGACAGAUAUUGCAAUGAGGAUGGAGAGUGGCGACGCUGUUGUUAUGAACCUUGCUGAACAAGCUGUUGGAUCUGAAAAAAUAAGUUCACUUAAUGAUGUCAUGAAUAUGGUUGAUUCGCUCCAGACGUCAGAUAUUGUAAAUGUUGCAAAGAAACUGGUGAAUGGAAAACCAUCUAUGUCAUCUGUGGGCAACUUGUCUAAUGUACCAUAUCUGGACCAACUUCUGAAAUAAAACUAAAAACUGCUAGGACAUUUUAUAUAAAUUAGUGAAUUCAAAAUGAGUGGAAGCUUCAGAUUUGUGCUAUGUUUUCUUUUUACAAGAACGAUCGAAGGGAUAGUGACAUUUUAGGACUAAACUUUUUAGAUCUUUUGUCGUGAUCGAAAAAUUUCAAAUAUGUUGAAGUUUUUAUGUUUGUGUAUGCACAGUGUAUGUCUUUGAUAUACAUGUCAUUGUUUAAAAGAAAAAUAAAUAAUUUAUUGUUUA